ACACUUUCUUGCGACGUAGCUAAUUUAUGUUUCCCCUUUACUGCAGAAGCAACGGAGGCGAGUUCAACGCGUCGGUUAGCUACAGUGGGGGGACAGAGGGGGAUUCAGGGUUUUUUUCUUUAAGUAGGAAACGGAAUCCCAGUCCUGUCCACCAACAAUCGAGUGGAGAAAACACAAAAGUAAUCGAAACGAUACGGCUUUCCAUGGUAUGGAGUGAAGGACAGGCGACGUCUCAGCGAUGGUUUUUUGGCGCUCUGGGCUUCUGAUCUCCGUCUGAGGGGGGUGCUGGCGGAGCCGUCCGGGACGCUUUCUCAAGGAGAGGGGACCCCCCCCCCCGCUUUCUUAAACUCCGCCACCUUAUGGAGGAGUAGCAGCUUUUGAACCCCUUUUCCUUUUAAAUAAAGUUUUUUUUUAAAAAUCGAAAGGAAAAGGAAAAGGAAGGGAGGGCAGAGAGGAGGAAGACGAACGAGCCGAAGAGGCCAUGUCGUCCAGCAGGAGCCAGAACCCGCACGGGCUGAAGCAGAUCGGCCUGGACCAGAUCUGGGACGACCUGCGGGCGGGGAUACAGCAGGUCUACACCCGCCAGAGCAUGGCCAAGUCCCGCUACAUGGAGCUCUACACACAUGUUUAUAACUACUGCACCAGCGUCCACCAGUCCAGCCAGGCCCGGGGGGCGGGGCCCCCCCCCUCCAAGCCCUCCAAGAAGACGCCCACACCCGGGGGGGCCCAGUUUGUGGGCCUGGAGCUCUACAAACGACUGAAAGAAUUCCUCAAGAACUACCUGACCAACCUCCUCAAGGACGGGGAAGACCUGAUGGACGAGAGCGUGCUCAAGUUCUACACGCAGCAGUGGGAGGACUACCGCUUCUCCAGCAAGGUGCUCAACGGCAUCUGCGCCUACCUCAACCGCCACUGGGUGCGCCGCGAGUGCGACGAGGGGCGCAAGGGCAUCUACGAAAUCUACUCGCUGGCCCUGGUUACGUGGAGAGAGUGCUUAUUCAGACCCUUAAACAAACAGGUGACAAACGCCGUUCUGAAGCUCAUCGACAAGGAGCGAAACGGGGAGCCAAUCAACACCCGGCUGAUCAGCGGGGUGGUCCAGUCCUACGUGGAACUGGGGCUGAACGAGGACGACGCCUUCGCCAAGGGCCCCACGCUCUCCGUGUACAAGGAGUACUUCGAGACGCAGUUCCUGGUGGACACGGAGCGCUUCUACACCCGGGAGAGCACCGAGUUCCUGCAGCAGAACCCCGUCACGGAGUACAUGAAGAAGGCGGAGGCCCGGCUGCUGGAGGAGCAGCGGCGGGUGCAGGUGUACCUGCACGAGAGCACGCAGGACGAGCUGGCGCGCAAGUGCGAGCAGGUCCUCAUCGAGAAGCACCUGGAGAUCUUCCACACGGAGUUCCAGAACCUUCUGGACGCCGACAAGAACGAAGAUUUGGGCCGCAUGUAUAACCUGGUGUCGCGGAUCACGGACGGGCUGGGGGAGCUGAAGAAGCUUCUGGAGACGCACAUCCACAACCAGGGGCUGGCAGCCAUCGAGAAGUGCGGCGAGGCGGCGCUGAACGACCCCAAAGUGUACGUGCAGACGAUCUUGGACGUGCACAAGAAGUACAAUGCACUGGUGAUGUCGGCGUUCAACAACGACGCGGGCUUCGUGGCCGCACUGGACAAGGCCUGCGGACGCUUCAUCAACAACAACGCGGUGACCAAGAUGGCGCAGUCCUCCAGCAAGUCCCCCGAGCUGCUGGCCCGAUACUGUGACUCCCUGCUGAAGAAGAGUUCUAAGAACCCUGAGGAGGCGGAGCUAGAGGACACCCUUAACCAAGUGAUGGUGGUGUUCAAGUACAUCGAGGAUAAGGACGUGUUCCAAAAGUUCUACGCCAAGAUGCUGGCCAAGCGGCUGGUCCACCAGAACAGCGCCAGUGACGACGCCGAGGCCAGCAUGAUCUCCAAACUGAAGCAAGCGUGCGGCUUUGAGUACACCUCCAAGCUGCAGCGCAUGUUCCAGGACAUCGGCGUCAGCAAAGACCUCAACGAGCAGUUCAAGAAGCACCUCUCCAUCUCCGAGCCCCUGGACCUGGAUUUCAGCAUCCAGGUGCUCAGCUCUGGGUCCUGGCCUUUCCAGCAGUCCUGCACCUUCGCGUUACCCUCAGAGCUGGAGAGGAGUUACCAAAGAUUCACCGCCUUCUACGCCAGCAGACACAGCGGCCGCAAGCUCACCUGGCUCUACCACCUGUCCAAAGGGGAGCUGGUCACCAACUGCUUCAAGAACAGAUACACCCUGCAGGCCUCCACGUUCCAGAUGGCCAUUCUGCUGCAGUACAACACAGAGGACAUCUACACCGUGCAGCAGCUGACAGACAGCACACAGAUCAAAAUAGACAUAUUGGUGCAGGUUUUGCAAAUUUUGUUAAAAUCCAAAUUGCUGGUCCUGGAAGACGAGAACGCGAAUGUAGACGAGAUGGACUACAAGCCCGACACCUUGAUAAAGCUCUUCCUGGGUUAUAAAAACAAGAAGCUGAGAGUCAACAUCAACGUGCCCAUGAAGACGGAGCAGAAGCAAGAGCAGGAAACCACACACAAAAACAUCGAGGAGGACAGGAAGCUGCUCAUACAGGCUGCCAUAGUCAGGAUCAUGAAGAUGAGGAAAGUCCUCAAACACCAGCAGCUCCUGGCAGAGGUCCUGAACCAGCUGUCCUCCCGCUUCAAGCCCAGGGUUCCUGUCAUCAAGAAGUGCAUCGAUAUCCUGAUAGAGAAGGAGUACCUCGAGCGUGUGGACGGGGAGAAGGAUACAUACAGCUACUUGGCAUAAGCAUUACCCCCCCCACCCCCACCCCACCACCCCCCCCUCCCCAAUUUUUAUUUUUUAUUUUUUGGGUCAAUGUGUCUCCCCCGAACCCGACAUCAUUCCUUCUGACGCUCUGCUGAUGUUGUGAGGAAUGCGGGCCAUGGAGGAUAAAGGAGCAGGACGCACUCGAACCCCCCCCCCCCCCCCCCCCCAACAGAGCGGGGCCUCCUUUAAACUCAAAUACGAGAUGGCGGGGGGGUUGGUGACGGCCGAGCCAGCGUCCCCGGACUCAUUUUGGGGGGGGGGGGUCAACGGAAGCCCUCCCACCUGUAAAUACGGACACGGACCUCUACCCCCCACGCCUAGAGAAGCUAACGUCUCAAACCCGAAUCGACCCGAACCCCCCCCCUCCUCCUCCUCCCCUCCAGCAAUCAGGGGGACCUCGCAUGCUACUGCCCACCUGAAUUUUAAGCAAAACAAAACAAACAAACAAAAAAAAGGAAAUGGGGGGAAAGUGGCUACGGCGAGACCUCUGGUCGCGGUUUGAGGAAAUGGUUUUAAAAUGGAGGAGAGGGGAAAGCGUGGCGGAACGAACGCGACGGCGGCGGCGAACUCCGGGAACGCGCGCGUGAACCGGGCCCGAAAAGAACUCUGUAACCCGCAUCGUUGUCCGCCACCAGAAAACCAUUUGUAUAGUGUGGUUCAUUUUUUAAAUGUGUGACGAAUAAAAAUGAGAGGUUUCUGUA